AUGUCGUUAAUUUACAGAAGGAGUAUCGCAGUUUUGGACAAAUUUGUCCCGCCAAAAUUACAACCGUUGUGGAAUCACGAAGCAGGGCCAAAAACUAUAUUUUUUUGGGCACCAAUUGUCAAAUGGGGUUUAGUCGUUGCUGGAAUUGGAGAUUUAUCUCGUCCAGUUGAAACUUUAAGCGUUUCACAAUCAGGAUCAUUGGCAGCAACUGGAGUCAUAUGGGCUAGAUAUUCAUUAGUUAUCAUUCCGAAAAAUUGGAGUUUAUUUAGCGUCAAUAUGUUUGUAGCUGGAACUAAUUUAUUUCAAUUUUUUAGAGCCGUCAAAUAUCAGAGAUCGCUCAAAGAAAGUAAUUAA